ACACGUUGUUGGAUUUGAUUCUGUGCCAGGAAGCGAUACAGAUCGAUAAAGGCAAAAGACGUGCGCUUUAAGUGUCCAUGAUCGUGUGUGUGUGUCUGUGAAUGUGCUAACGUGUUUCGUGAUACUAGGUGUGUGUAUUGGAACGCCAUUUUAUAUGGUGGUCAGGAGCUUAAUUUUUUGGCAGGGUUGACUUGUAAUUUAGCAACAGAAUGUCCGAAGGAAAGGUUUUCGCUUCUGAAGGAAAAAGUAUUGAUGAAGAUGAGCCCGAAGAAGGUGAAAUUCAAGACGAUGGUUCAUUAGAAGAUGUAAGCUCGGAUGAAGACACCCCAUCGAUUUGCUGCAGAAAAGCCAAUGAAAGUUCUUACGGCAAUAAAUAUCCUAUUUCUCAGAUCGUUAAAUUAGAAUAUGUAACUCACAGUCAUAAUUGCCGUGUCCCUAAAGCAUGUAAGCGUAAAAGUAAAUGCUUUUCGUCUACUACAGAAGGAAAUCAGUCGAGGUUAAAUGUUAUAAAAUAUAAGGAACAAACGAAUAAAUCUAUUAACGAUGUUUAUCAUGUGACUCUGAACCCAGCUGUAGAUGACCGUAGAAGGGAAGAUAAUUUUGUUGAUAUGCUCAGUGAAUAUAAAUCUGUGAGGCCUAAGCAGAUUGCAAAGGAUGAAGAUAUUGUGCAAGAGAAGGAGAACAGACAUGAUUGCCAGAAAGAAACUACAGUUAAGAGGAAGUGUAAGAGAAAACGUCGGCAUUCUCUUUUAAAUAACCCCAAGCCAAGGCGACCGUUAUCCAGUGACAGCAAGCCUGACAGUGAAGUAGGAAGUAGAGUAGAACCAGGAGAAGAGGAGAAGAAAAAAGAUGCAUUUAUGAAGUUAGAAACAAGAUCUAAAUGUUCUCAUUCUAAAAAAAGAAGUGUUAGUUCUAAAAGAGAAAAACAUCGGUGGUCAAAGAAAAAGGACAGUAGGAAAUGCUUGAUCAAGAAGUUGUCAAAUACAAUUGAAAAGAAUGAUUGUAGUGGUCAUGGAAACAGCUUAUUGAAGAGGCUGCAGACAAUGAUGACCACUAAUGUUUCAAUCAGAAAAGAAAACAUUGUUGAAAGUGUGAAGAAAAAUGAGGACAGUAUUCAAGGUCAGGAACUGGAGCAUAGUUUGAGGAGAAAGUUGCGAAAUCUCUUGCCUCCUGUUGAUGUGGUGACAUCAAAUAAUGAAAACAGUGAAGGUACUACAGAGAUAACAAACCAAAAUGAACUUGAUAUUGAUUUGUUGCCUGUUAUUAAACAGCCUGAGCCAGUAGUUAUUACUAUAGAUGACAGUGACAGUGAGCUAUUGGAAUGUGACCUGACAGAGAAAGUAAAUAAAAAGGACAAAAUGAAAUCAAUUGGAGACAAAGAAGGUGUAAAACAAACUGAUGAUAUUGAUGAAGAUGAUUUAGUUCAGUUGCGUCUUCUUGCUUUACAGUCCAACCGUCGUAAAGAAACUAUAAAGCCAAAGUUGGAAGACGAUGAAGUUAUGCAGUUACGCUUAGAGGCUUUAAAAUCAGCAAUUUUAAAGAAAUGUCAAGUUAGAAAACAGCGUGGUGUUACUUUAAAGACAAAGAAAAUAAACAUUGUAAACAGUCCUUUUCCAUCAGAGUUUGAGAUUGGUAGUGGGAAAGGUGAAUCAGGCCAUGAAGUACUGAAACCAGAAGUCAUUUCAAAGGUAGCUGUCCCAAGUGAACCAGAUGAGACAACUACUCUUGUGGAUAUGGAUCUCUCCCACACUGAUGAUGAAUCAAGUGCACAAAAUGAGAUAAUUACUGAUCCUAUUUCUGGAGAUAUACCAUUGCCAACAGAUUCUACAAGUACAUUUUUACAAUUAACACAUGAAGAUCAUAGUACACAUAAUGUUCCUUGCAUUAAUGAGCCAUUGUUCACGGUUGAAGACAAUCCUUUGGAUUUAAAACUGAACCAAAGUGAAGAGAUGUUAUUGGCAUGGAACCCUGCAGUUGCAGUAUGUAGGAGUCCUGAGACAGCCAAAUUUGAUCCAAAAACUUGUCAGUUACCAGGAAUAUGCAGCAGUAAUGUACAAGUUUCUUCGCUGAAUUCAGUUAAUUAUUCCAACUCUCAGCUACCAUUUCCUUCAUCCUCAUUCCCACCACAGCAGUUGUAUAAUGAGUUAUGUGACAGUAAUAACAGUUCUGACCUUCAACGUGCAGACUUGGAUGGUGUUCCUUUAGAGGCUUUAAGCAGUCAGUUUGAUUCAUGUUUGUCACCUAGUGUUUCUGGUUCCUUUGUGUCAUCAGAUAUAAAUUCUCCAGUUAUUUCUAAUGCACUCAUCACAUCCAAGAUAGGAGUGCAUGUUCCCAUAACAGAAACUGAGGUUCGUAGAAGAGAUGCUGUUAUGUGUGCACAGCUUUAUAAAAUGGAUCCCACAAAUGUUUCUUAUCAGGACUGGGAUGGGAAUAAGAAGGUGCACUUGCAUUCCAAGAGUUAUGUAUCCUUCAGGAAAUCACUACCCGCUGCACCAACAAAACCAUCAGGUGUGGCUGAAAGUAAUUCUAGCUCAUUAUUUCCAGUACCUUCAAAGUUGCCUUUUUCUAGUAUGAAUCCUCAUAUCCAGGAACUGAAUGGAAUGAAAACAGAAAUUCCUUGUCAAAGUCAUUAUGUUUCUAUGCAAGGCAGAGAUAGUACUGUACACAAAACAGAUUUUAAAGUGGAAGAAAAUUCAAGUGAAUUAGUAAAUAAUGAUCUGUCUAAUAUGAUUGUUUUGAAUGAAGUUGGACGAUGUUCUUUACCAGAGGCUAAAGUAGAAGGCAACUUGAAUGAACUAGUUACAACAAAGAAGGAAAGCAAGUCUCAACAGUGGGAACAGAGCUCAGUGAAUUUGGAUGAAGAUGAAGAAAUACUGAGAGCUAAAGUGUUGACAACAUUGUUGAGGAAAUCUUCCACAUCUGCAGUUUCUGGCCCCUCUAAAGUAUUUUCCAAACAAACCAAAGAUCCCCUACUUUCUGUCUCACCUAAGCUCAUUUCACCAUGCAGCAUUAGUAGUUCAAAAAAUCAACAUCAAAUUUCACUUAUUCAAAGAAAAGAGAAACUACCAUCCAAGCUUCUAGACCCCUCACAAAAUUUGAAAGGAUGCAAUAAAACUACUCCAAGAGUGCUCAGUAAGAAACUUGAACAUUCCCAGAGUAAUUUCUCCAGUUAUAGUAAGGGAAGUAUCAUUAGAACAAACUGGUGGAAGAAGUCUUUAAGGAAGGGGUUUCCAGGAACAAACAUAAAGCAGAUUUUAGUUGGUGUAAACAGAAAUCCCAGUAAUAUGAAGCAAGUUAGAGUGCCUUCAGGUACUGUUAGUAGUGAUGCCCAGAGCAUGAGUAUAGAGGUAAAAAAGGCCAGCAACACACAGUGUAAGCCCGUUGGAAAUCCAUUGUCAAGAGUUGUGUUUCAUCCCAGAGUAUUCAAACCAACUACAAUCCAAGUAACAGUGCCAACUGAAAUGGUAGAUGAUGAACGUUGCAGAAGAAAAAUUGCAGAGAGUUCAGUUGCAUCUGUACAGCACACGCAAAGGUUUGUGAUACGUUUAGGAGAAGAUUCAGAUAGUCAGGAUGAAGAGGAUAAGAUAACCCCGGCUCCUAAACGAAGAUGUGUGAUAAAAAACGAUUCUUCGGUGCCGCUGUUGACUGUAUCCACUUCAGCUACACACGUUGCACCGUGUGAUCCACCUGCGAAUUGUGACAAUACUAUUGCUUCAUCAAUAUCAUCACAUCUUGCUCAUCCAUUGUCUGGUAAACAGAAUACGUGUUCAAUUCCAACACAGCCUGUGUCAUCUGACUUUGAAAAGAGUGUGGACAUAUUUCUGAAACAGGCACGGAAGUCACAGGAGGCCAGAGCAAAUUCUGUGAUACAGAAGAAUUUGACACCGGAUAAAAGUACAGGGGGGAAAGCUAAUCCAAUAUCAUCAGUUACUCCACUGGCUGUUCGCCAUUUGCCAUCAUCUCAACAGGAAGAGUACCAUCGUCUCAAGCAGCAGAUUGUGGAGCUUGAAGAACAAAGGAAACGAUGCCAACAGCAGCAAAAACCAUUGCCCAAAAAUAUGACCAACACAAAAUUAACUUCUCUUACUAGUGCUGAAAACAAGGAAGUUUCACAGAGCAGUCAUGCAUCUGCAAAGGUUGCGAGUGAUUCAAAGAAGAUUUUCAGAACUUCACACUCCACAUACAUUCAGGGAAAUGUUGCAGUUAAUGAAGCCAAGCAACAAUAUCCAGCUGGUCAUGCACUAGGGUCUACAGGAAUUAUGGUUAGUGGGGGACCAGUCCUCACAAUGGCAUCAAAUGUUACCCAAACAGCUUUUAUUGAAAGCCCUAGUCAUUUAAUAGUUUCAACAGAUGCAUUACUGCAGAAUUCAGCAGAAAAUGUUUCCAGAACUGUCUGUACUGCUGCAUCGGUAAUUCAUAUUUCAAAAAAACUGCAAGGAGAGACUUCAGAAAAAUCUGAAAAGUUAGAAAGUAUGAUAAGAAAGGAAGAGGAAUCAGUGAUGGGGUCAGAGGAGCAUACAUCAUUAAAGGAUGGGGUUCUUGGACUGUCUGCGUGUAAAAGUGAUGGUCUUGCCAGCAAAGGGAUUGCCUGUGAUGAGUCACUGGAUGACAAGGAAGAAAAAUUAGCACAAGUUGAGCAUCAACUACUGUCAAAAAGGUAUGAAAUACUAGAUGACCUGACAAGUAUGACAGCUCUGCUGCACAAAGUAAAAAUAGAACGUGCCAAAGAAGACGAAUGUUUGACGGAGCUUCAUCGUGUUCGUCGAGAACUAUGCCAAGCUGAAGAACAGCUUGCUCACCAGAGGGAAUUGCUUUCAAAUAUGUGUAAUGAUAUGGCAGAAUCUCAUAGGCGCGUGGCCCGAGGACGAGCAGAGUGUAUUGGUCUGUCCAAAAGUUGCCUGUCAUUAGGGAUUUGUGUAAAAGGCCGUCAUUACAAGGUACCAGCUGGAGGUGCAGAGCUUAUGAACCUUAAACUACAACAGGUUGGAGCUCAGACACGACAGAUGUCUAAAAAGAAAGAAUAUUUGGAGGACAGUGAUGAGAAUCAAGCUAUUAUUAAUUUUCAAAUGCCAGUGCAGGAUAAGACAACAGUAAGGAAGGCUUGUAUUGCAUACGAGGGCACUGAAGAUAAUACCCAAAUUUCUAAUACAGUUUGUGCUUCCCCUGCACUGGAUGUGAAUGAAGAAAGUGGUUUGCAAAAAAUCAAAAUAGUACCCAGCCAGUCUACUGAAAAUUCCACUAUGUUGGUUACCAAGUCUGACAUUUCACAGCCAAAAUAUAUGAGUUGCUCCGACACUCUGGGUUUUAAACUGUUAGAACAGCCUUUUGCAUUUUCAGUGCCAUCAUCAAGUGCAGAAAGUAAAAUUGAUGGCAGUGCAGCUUCAAAGUCAGACAAAUAUGUUUCUGUUCCAAGUAAAAGUGAAAGUGAUUGUGUUUUGACUGAGAAGGAUCAGAAUGGCGUUUCUACUAUGUCUGACGUUAAGGAAAUAAGCACAGGUGUAUCAGAAGACUUACGUUCAGAAGCCACAGAAAUUAUGGUGAUGGGAAUGAGUAGCAGCUCAAAGGAAACAGUGCUACAACACAUUGCAAAGUACAGGUCACCGCUGGAGCAUUUACACUCUAAAAGAGGUGAUUCUGCAGAUGAUUGGUGUGGCCAUUUGGAUCCGCUUGCCAUUCUGUGCCCUUAUGAACUGAUGGGUAGCUGCCAGGAUGAGGAGUGCAGUUACCAGCAUCAUACAAAACACAGAACAACAUGACAUUCACAGACAGAUAAACCGAGUUCGCUUGCAGUCACGUGUACCGUGCUUCUUCCCUUCUUUUACCUCGUUAAAAAACUGCAUCAUCGAGCAUUUGCAGGCGGUGUUGUAAGUCAGUUUGAAAACUGUAGACUAUUUUUAUAAGUACGUUUACUUUUUAGAGGAUCGUUAAAGUCUUUGUGCUACACUUAGUGUGGCAUGUACUGUGGCAUGUGAAUUACUACCAACAAAUAGCUAACUCUUAUUACCACAUAUUUUCUAUCAGUAAGUUUGCAUAUGCAUAUGUUACCUGUUCAUUGUUUAAACUUCUUCAUAAAUACAAAACACAUGUUCUCAUUUAUACGUAACGUAUUAUCGUGUUGUUAAGCUUGUUCUUGUUAGGCCCCGUUCAUUUAAAUUAUUUGUGUUUUUAUUGCACUCAGACAAAUGUUUGGUUUCUUAUUUUAGUAUACGUUUGCUUAUAUACCAUGCAUAUCAUGCCUGUAAUUAAAAAUCUCUUAACAUGAGAUUGCUAGUUAAGGAACUGUUUCAGUUUUUUAUUUAUUGGUUAAUUCAAACUUCAUCCAUGUAAAUAUAUCAUGUUCAUAUUAUUUGGAAAUCUGUAAUACUGUUUUUAUAAAAAAAGUUUUGUGUUAGACAUCUCUGUUUCCAGACACCAGAUGGAACUGUAGCAGUUGCAGAAUGAAAUGGAUGAUGCUAAGCUUUGUGUUUCAGGUAUUAUGGCAAGGUAGUUCCUCCACGAGUUCUGAUCCGGUGAUACUAAUCCAGUUCAUUGGUAAGUCAACAGAAACAGGAGGAUGUUAUUUUAGAACUUGUACAGUAGUUGCUUCCAUUCAAGUUUGACACAGUCAGAUUCAUGCCUUGUUUCUGUUUGUUCUUUACUGUUUAGUCUUCAGAACCCACAUUUUGGUCUUUCAGGAACCAGCACUCCUCUUUAAUUCAUGUAGCUGUCCAUACUUUUAAUUUCUUGUAAUGUGUGUCAUACACAGAACAAGAUUAGCACAGUGAAAGCGAAAGCUCUUAAGGGGUCUUGGAAAUGAAACAUUGAACCAAUUUGUUAUGUUCUUGAAGUACUGUGUCUUGUAACAUAAAAUUUCUCUUGUACCAGUCUUGUUUCUGACUUCAGAAAUAUGUGUGUAAAAAGAUGUAUACUAUUAUAUGUAACAUAAUAAUAUACAGUAUUUUCUUAUUUUGUGUGUAGUUAUAAAUUUUAAGAUACAGCCUUUUGUCAGUAAUGUCAUAUUCUCUCUAGUUAUCCCAGACAUUUCCAAAUUCUAUCUAAUAAUGAACCUAAAAUUUGUAUAUAUCAGGAGUGUUUAAAUCUCGUAUAAUGUAGCACAAACAAUGUAGAUGUAGGAUUAUUUUUAUAUUAAAAUAACUUUUCUAUAAUAGUUGGUUGUCUGUGUAGAAUGUGUAUAAAUCUUCUGUAUGAUUAUUUGUGGUGAUCUCAUAACUGAAUGGAGCUGCGUAAUAUGGUGAUCAAGAUGCAACUGUACAAGCAGGGACAAUAUAAGUGGAAUAUUUUCACAAAUUCAUAUUCAGAGGAAGAUAAAGGAGCCAUAGAACUAUUGGCUUUGAGUCUGAAGAUGAGGAAGACUGAUAAUAUGCUUCUUUUAUGAAUGAUGAAUAUAAUAACUGUCGGAAGUGAUUGAUGCUCAUCUAACCUUAUAAAAUUAAUGGUGAAAUAAAAUGACGUAUACUUGGUAAGUGGUAAACCUACAUAUAAAAAUAUUUGUUAAACUUUGUUGCCAUGAUAAAGAUCACAUUGGUAGCGGUGAUAUAAGAAAUAUCAAUUAAAAUUAAAGUAAGUGUUUUAAACAGUAAUGGAAAGAUCAAGUCUUCACAGGAGUAAGCAGUAGUGCAAGGGGAAGGAAGAAACAUGGUCAAAAAUGUAUAUGAUGGAAACAUACUUUGACUAUGAAUAGAACUGCAUCUCAGCUUGGAAGAGGCAGGAGAUCCUAUGAGGGUGAUGUGAAGAAUAAAUUCAAGUUGUUAUAUUUUGCAGUUUAUUCACCAUAUUUAAAAUAAAAGUUGAUUUUGUCCACCUUAUGACACAACUGUAUAAAUAUUUUAGAGUGACUGAAUUACAUGUAUGCUUGAAAAAUAUUGCCAGUA